AUGGGCUCGCCGCUGGCACCUAUUUUAGCGAAUCUUUUCAUGGGCGUUAAAGAAAAGGAAUGGAUAAAAAAUUACUCGGGUUGUGGCCCAACAUACUACCGUAGAUAUGUGGAUGACAUCUUUGCUUUAUUUAACGAUGAAAGUGAAGCGUUGGCCUUUUUUGAAUACUUGAAUCAGAGACACCCUAAUAUAAAAUUUACCUUAGAAAAACAAGUUGAUGGUAAACUUCCUUUUCUUGACAUUUUAAUUGAGAACACCAGUGACAAAUUUUAUACUUCUGUGUUCCAUAAGUCAACCUAUACUGGCCUUUUAACUAAUUAUUUUAGUUUCACUCCCAAAAUCUAUAAAAUAGGUCUCAUUAAAACACUAAUUGACAGGGCUUUCAAAAUUAACAACAGUUGGAAACACUUUGACAUUAAUAUUAAGGCUCUGACUGAAAUUUUGAGAAAAAACUUUUUUCCUACAAAACUGGUAAAUCGCCAUAUUUCAAAUUACCUUGAUAAGAAUUUUUCUACAGCUGUCAGUACAGAGACAACUAAUGUAUUAGAAAAGAGGUAUUUUAAAUUGCCUUUUAUUGGCAAGUACUCUAUUACUGCCAAAGAAAAAGUCAAUCAACUUGUCAAUAAGAUGUGUAAAGAAAUCAAUGUUUGUAAUGCUAGCUAUGUGGGUGAAACCACCAGGCACAUUUCUAGUAGAGUUAAAGAACAUUUGAAAACUGAUAAAAACUCACAAAUAUUUAAGCAUAUGCAGUCUAAUCUUAACUGUAAAUUACUAUGUAACGAAAAUUGUUUUUCUAUUUUGGAUCAUGCAGACACUGAUUGGCAGAGGAAACUCAAAGAGGAUAUUGAUUUAGCAUUGUAA